AAGAUAUCGUAGUUUUUUUAAGUUCAGAGAAAAGUUGGCAUGGAUCUACAAAAAGAACUUACCAUAUUUUUCGCCAUUUACCUCAAGUCGUUAAACUGUUUAAAUAGAGGGGGGUUAAGUGGGUUAAGUUCGUAAAUCCGCGGUCAUGAUGGCGUGCGACUCUGCAUAAAUGCCCUGCAAAAGUUUUUCUUUUUUAACAACAUACGCGCCGCUCAAAAAUAACCAAGACGUUGGAACAUGUGUAAAUAAACGUCCAUUCCAAAGUUAUUUGCAGUGAUUUCGUUUGUGUGCACCAAAAAGAAGCGGCUGAAAAUUGGCAAAGAAUUGUACCGCCGCUGCCCGUUGUGAAGAAAAAUCAGCGCCUGCCGAUUUCCGUCCUCUCCGGCUUCAGUGGGUGAGGAUGACGGACAUUGUUUAUCCGAACGGCUGUCGGCCAUUGGUGGAAGACCUGGGCACAGACGAGCUCAUACGCCGCCUUAAGACACUCGCCAAUGUCCUGCAGACCAUGGACCAGGAUGACAAUCUCUAUCAACAAUAUAUACCAUUGGCACUCCACCUGCUGGACGACUUCUUUAUGCAGCAUACAUCACGCGAUGUCCAACUGCUGAUAGCGUGCUGCAUAGCGGAUGUAUUGCGCGUAUAUGCGCCUGAGGCCCCCUACAAAGAGCAAGAUCAAAUCAAAUGCAUUUUCAAGUUUUUUAUCAAACAAUUGCACGGUCUAAAGGAUCCCCGCGAUCCGUCCUUCAAGCGUUACUUUUAUCUAUUGGAGAACUUAGCCCUUGUCAAGUCUUUCAACAUGUGCUUCGAGCUCGAGGACUGCCAGGAAAUCUUCCACGACCUGUUUAGUACCAUUUUUAAAAUUGUGAACGAUCAGCACAGUGCCAAGAUCACAAACUUUUUCCUGGACGUGCUGAGUGCCCUGAUAACCGAGGCUGACAAUUUGUCCGUGGAUCUUCUGGACCUCUUACUGAUUAACAUAGUGGAACCAAAUAAAUCAAGCAACAGAUGUGCUGCACAUAUAACCGAGCAACUGCUCGCCAAGACCGGUGACGCAUUGGAGUCCCCAAUCAAAAUGUUCUUUAACCGUGCAUUGGUCAUGGAUAAGCCGAACAACAAACUGUCUAUUACAAACAAAAUCUAUGAUAUCAUCUAUGAGCUUAAUCGCAUCAAUCCCGAUCUUCUGUACUCCGUGCUGCCCCAAUUGGAGAACAAACUUCUUUCCACUGAUGAUGCAGAAAGGCUGAAAGCCACCACGUUGCUGUCGCGCAUGUUCUCCGAGAAGGACUCGCAGCUGUCGCAGAAAUAUCAAAACCUGUUACGCACCUUCUUGGGCCGCUUCUGCGAUAUCUCGGAGGCAGUGCGUGUCAAGUGCGUACAAUCGCAUGAAUGGCCUGGCCUACAUCUACAAAGUGGCCAUCUGCGAACCAAAUGACUUGAGUGCUGAUGCCAAGCAGAGAGUGGACUGGAACAAGAACAAGAUACUGCACGGCUACUACAAGGUGGGUCUGGAGGAU